AUGCCUGCAUUGUUUCACGAGGCCAUGGCGAAGCUGCCGCCCGAGGACCAGCUGGUGAUCGAGCAGGUCCGAUCCCGCAUGGCCGCCUCCCGCUCCCGCCUGACCCUCUUCUCCUCCCCCUUACCCACCUGCCUGGCGUUCGGCAAGAGCUUGGCUGACGCAGGCUGGCGCGGCGUGCGCUGGCUCACCUCCCACCGCCUCUUCCUGGGCCUGGGCGUCCCGCUCAUCGCCGCGUACCUGGCGCUCAGGGUCGCGGGGGUGGCCUCGGGGGCGCUGGGCGAGGCGGAGGCCUGGCUGCAGUACGCCGUGUGGUGGGUGGGCCUGGGCGUGCUCUCCUCCAUCGGCCUGGGCACCGGCAUGCACUCCGGCCUCCUCUUCCUCUUCCCGCACAUCCUCAAGGUGUGCCUGGCGGCCGAGCAGUGCGGGCACCUGCGCUUCGACGCGCGGGGCGACACCUGGUCCUCCAGCGAGGGCUUCCACUGCGGCGCGCACCCUCCCGGCCCCGUGGGCUUCUGGGACGUGUUCUGGAAGGUGAUCGGCACCUGCGUGCUGUGGGGCUGCGGCACCGCUCUGGGCGAGAUCCCGCCCUACGCCAUCUCCUACCACGCCGCACGCCUGGGCGAGCGCAGCGCCGAGAACUGGAUGCUGCGCUUCAUCCAGCGCCACGGCUUCUGGGGCAUCCUGGCGCUGGCGGCCUACCCCAACGCGGCCUUCGACCUCUGCGGCAUCACCUGCGGCCACUUCCUCAUGCCCUUCUGGGAGUUCUUUGGGGCCACGCUGCUGGGCAAGGGCGUGAUCAAGGUGGCGGGGCAGACCGCCUUCUUCGUGGCCCUGUUCCGGGAAGGCACCCGAGAGCGCGCCUUUGCGGCCAUCGAGGCGGCCACCCCGGCCCGCCUGCCCUUCCUGGCUCCGGGCCCGGGCGGCGCCACGCCUGCGCAGGCGCUGCACGCCGUCGUCAACGCCCGCAUCGCCGCCUUCCAGGACGGCGUGGCCGCGCGUGCCGCUGCGCCGCCCAGUUUUGCGCAGUCCUACGUCGCGGAGCGGGACCGCGCCGCGCUCCAGGCGCUGGUGGACCGCAUGGUGAGGGAGCAGGGGGGCGACGACCAGGCGGCAGACCAGGAGUAG